AUGGAUGUAUUUUGGCUAGGGUUAGGGACUCGACGAACCGCAGCAGCAGCAGUACAGCAGUGGAUAGCCCAACUCGAGAGUGAUGGACGGCCUGCGCGAGAUGGCGGGGGGGCAGGGCUGGCAUGGUCUGGAGAGGACGGCAUGAGCAAUCCCGCGCCCGUGCCUCGCCUUCGCCCGUUUUCCGUCGGAGAGGAAGCAGUAACCGGGGGGGAAGAAGAGACGAAGGAAUCCGACAGUCCCCAGGAAGAUGGAAACGACGGAGACUCGAGUAGAGACAUGGUGGAUCAAGACGAAGAAGACGACGAGGAGAUGGAGGAACUUAUCCGGGCGGUCACCGGGGUCGAGGGGAUAGACGACGAGGAGGAGGGCGGUGACAACGAAGGAGGAGAGCCUCGUGUUUCAGAAGACGACCAGAAGACCUAUGAAGCUCUGACCAAGGCCAUCAUCGAUAGGCUUCCCAGGAGCGGGGUGGCGGAGUUGGUGGGGAAAUCGGUCAGGGAUGGCUGGUUGGGGCAAAAGGAUCAAAGAAGUAUCGUGAAAGUGCUCGAGGUGGAGGCUGUGCGUUCCGCGAUUCGUCGAUGGUGGGAUUUCCUCGUUGCAUUGCUGGUGGAAAAUUCCAAGAAGCCGUUUUCGUCAGCUCUCGCGCUAGAGUACGAGAAGGCGCGGAGGACAAAGCGUUUUGAUGCGCAACGUUAA